CAGUGAUCGAUGUCUCAUGUGCAGGGCUUAUUCCCAAACCCAUCUGCACCAUCACAAAGCAGCCAGUCAAAUAGGCAGGCUCUUCCCUCUCGCUCAGAAAGAGCAGAGCUAUUCGCACAGCCAACAAGAUGCUAGCUACUCUGGUGGGUAUUUUUAUCGCGGUUUCCUUCGAAGUUGAAAGCAGGCGUCCAGAAGCGACCAAUGCUGCCAGUUUCCUGGAUAAUGAGAAAUGGUUGACCACUGUCUCACAAUAUGACAAGGAGCUCAAAUACUGGAACAAAUUCCGAGAUGAUGAUUAUUUCAGAAGCUGGAAUCCUAGUAAGCCAUUUGAUCAAGCCCUGGAUCCAACAAAAGACCCAUGUCUGAAGGUGAAAUGCAGUCAACACAAGGUCUGUGUCACCCAUGACUACCAAACAGCAUUUUGUGUUAGUCGCAGACAACUAAUGCACAGUGUCAGGCAGAAAAAGGACAGUCUUCGUAAACAAUGGGUUGGAGCAGCCAAUCUGGUCAAAUGCAAGCCAUGUACUGGGGUGCACCCCAGUUCUGUCUGUGGUUCUGAUGGACACACUUACUCCUCUAAGUGUAAAUUGGAUUACCAAGCUUGUUCUUCACAUAAACCAAUCACCCUGCGAUGCAAAGGACCCUGUCCUUGUCUUCCUGGCCAAGAAACUGUGAAACUGAAAAUUGAAAAGACAGAGGGGAUCAAAGCUAGAAUUGAAGGGAGAGAUGCAACUCAUUCAACUUUAAGAGUAUGCAAUGAAAAAGAGCUGAGGAAUCUGGCUUCCAGACUGAAAGACUGGUUUGGAGCUUUACAUGCUGACGCCAACCAUGAUACAAGGAUUAAACCUAUCAAGCAAUCAGAACAGAAACGAUUUGACACCAGCAUUCUACCCAUCUGCAAGGAUUCUUUAGGCUGGAUAUUUAACAAGCUGGAUAUGAACUAUGAUCUCUUGCUGGAUCAAACAGAGUUGGGCACCAUUUAUCUUGAUAAGUACGAGCAGUGUAUUAAACCACUUUUCAACUCCUGUGACACAUUUAGAGAUGGAAAACUUUCAAACAAUGAAUGGUGCUACUGUUUCCAGAGGCAGGGAGGUCUCCCAUGUCAAGCUGAAAUUAAUAAAAUUCAAAGACAGAACAGAGGGAAACAUCUUUUGGGUAUCUUUAUACCAAGGUGCACUGACGAUGGAUACUACAAAUCAGUCCAAUGCCACAGCAGCGCAGGGCAGUGCUGGUGUGUUGACAGAUAUGGAAAUGAAAUAGUAGGCUCACGGAUACAAGGGACUCCGAUCUGUGAAGAAGAUCAGGAGACUUCUGGUGACUUUGGCAGUGGCGGGCCCCAUGUUUUGACUGAUGACCAAGAAGAUGAAAGAGAAAUUCAAAAAGAAGAGAAAGUACCAGAGGGUGGAGGCAAUGAAGAUGAUGAAGACAGUGAAGAUGACAAAGAUGAUGACAUUGGCUAUAUUUGGUAGUUGUAUUUAUUGUAUUGCUCUCCAGAACAAUUUGCACACUGCUCAAGUUCAUACUUACCUCAGUUUGUCUACAGUACUGAGGAUAUGUUCCAUCUGAGAUAAAAUAAACAAAAAUAACUUAUAAAUAUAAAACAUUGAUCUAACUGGGACCAUUUAGUAAAUCUGUUGAGCAUGCUCAGUAGCAAAUUACAUUUUGACGUGUACCUCCACAAAAGAAAGAGUGUUCAGAAAAGUAGUUGUUCAGAUUUACAGCAGGACUCCUGGAAAUGAGCAAUACAAUGAAAUCCACUCAGCUUAACUAACCUUUAACAUGCAGUGUUUUUAUUUAAAAAUAAUUUAAACUUAAACUAUGGAGCCUUCUUAACAUCAAUUCUUAGGCAGAGAAAAAAUAUAAUCUCAACAGAAGCUAAUUUACCUUAACUGUGAUACUUGUGUUAGUUAGCAAAAAUUCUUUGCAUACACUUAUGUUGGUAAACAUGAAACCACACCAAUAACCUCACCUUAUUAAAAUGUGCCAUUCUAGCUAAGACCCUGUAAUUCGAGGAAGAAUCACUUUUGAGCUACAAGACAGUAAGGCAUGAAUACUGAUUGGAUGGCAUGAUAUACGGUAGGCAUACUAUGCUAAUAUAUGGGUAUCAAUUGAAUUUGGACAUGCAAAGACAUAUGUUGGCAAUGCUUUCUAAUGACAAUGGGAGUUUGGUAUCAGUAUUAAAGCCAUUAAAGUUAAAAAUGACUUUCCUGCAUAUGCAAAUUAAAAAUCAAGUAUUUUUCCCCCAGUUUUGGAAGGAGUAAUUCAAAACAUUCACAUGGGCAGAGCUAAGAAUUGCCGGUGAAGCAGAAAUUCAAUUCAGUUUCAGUGAAAGCUGAUGAGGAAUUCCUAUCCACCUCACAGUAACUGAUGCCUACAAAUCAUUUCAUAUUCUCUUAAUUACAUUACUGGUGCCACAUUACAGGAAUUCUUUCAUCUACCCCAAAUCAUUACAAAAGGAAGAGAUUGCUAGGGAAUAGUCAAGAGUGGAAGUGGUUUUGAAAAUGAAUGCAUUUGGCCUUCCUCAGCACUAACAGGGAUUCUAAUGCUUAGGGCCUCUUUCAAUGCAUUCUGCAUUCUUUUUCGAAAUAUUAAGUAUCAACAGAAUUUUAUGCAUUUACCCAAUUCUUACCUCGAGAUCCGUAAUCACAGAUCUUGCUGGUAUUUUAUUAUUUUUAACUUGAUAUCAAUUUCAUUUUUCCUUUCUCCUGCCUGGUUUAAAUCUUUCCUUAGUUAUUCCUUCUGCAAAUGUAUGGUGUCCCUCUGUAUAAACUCAAGAUUCAAAAAGCUGUCCUAAUUCCACAGGAAUGUAAAAUUCACUCAUCUUCACCAUUCCUUCAGCCAUUAGUAAAAACAUAAAAUAGUGGAGAUAUUCAGCUGAUCAGGCAGUAUCUGUGGAGAGAGAAACAGAGUCCAUGUUUCAGAUCAAUGACUAUCAGAAUAGCUUUUCAAUUCUUCCAGCCACUCACCUCCAUACUUUUGUCAUGAAAGGACACAAGCGCUGCAUUAUUUCCAAAGAGCAAAAUAACAAUGAUCAUUGAGAGGCUUAAUUAAAUCAGAUUCUUCUGUGAAAAUCAUGCCAUCUACAUUAUGCACAAAAGGAAAAGUGGCAGUGCCUGGUGGUCAGUGCUUUAAAUGAUAGAGAAGACAGUAAUGCUUUACUUCGUGAUAAUGGUAUCUGCUAUCUCUUGGCUGCCUGCCUCUGAGAGAAGAGAAAACAAUACUAGUAAUUUUGUUCUGCCUGAACAGUUUUUUAUCUUCAUCAUUUCUGUGCAUCUUUUAUGCUUAAAAUGGUAACUGACAGGGAUUGAAGAAUGUGGUGAAAUAAUAAAUAAGAUUUUCAACAUCCCAUAGAUGGCACAAAUAUUCCCAUAUUUUCACCCUACAGACAAUAAAACCUAUCUUGUUGUCACUGGCUGUUCUCUGGCAUUGAGUGCUGUCUUCUCAGGCAGGAUAAAUGCAAGCUUCUUUAGUCAUAAGAGUUCAGGAUUCAUGUAACAGAUAGUAUUUGUGAUGUUUACUUGGGCACUUACCUGGAAUCUGACAUUUCAAUGUAUUUGCACGUUUUUUCUUCAUUCAUGGAUUGUGGAGAUCACUGGCAAAGCCAAAAGUUAAUGCCCAUCUCCAGUAAACAGUAUUCUGCAGCAGUUCAAGGUAGGUGAUCUUGCUUCAGGGAUGAGGGCCAUAGUGGCAUCUGAUAUCCUGAGGAGCAAAGUUAGCCUUGCUCCAAGGAAUCUCUCAGUGAUUCAGCUGUCUACCCUGUUGAACACAAAAAAACAAAAUGCUUACUCAGUAAAAUUCUUCUGACACUGCAUUAGCUUUCUUGAAGAUACAUAGGUCCUGUUCAAAGCCACCACUUUCUAUGUAGUCCCUGCAGCUUAAUAUGUCAGUUUCCUCCCUGGUCUUCCAAAAGUGACCUUUCCAUUCUCCAAUCUGUGUGGAUCAAUCACUGAAAAAUCAGAACCCCAUCUAUUUCUUGCUUACAUUUCACACCCGAGCUUCACCCCAGGGCUCAGAUCCCUUCAACUUAAGCACGUUGCAGCCUCCUCAUGCCCUAGUUCCAAGUCUUCCUGGCUUCUCUAGUGGUGCCAGCAUUUGAGUUUUUUUCUGCUAAUUUUACUUAAGUUAUUUAGCUCCAGAAUUCCUGAUAAGAAAAGCCUCCUCAGCUGACACAAUUUUAUUUGUGUGUAUUUCUUGAGAAGCAGAUUCCCAGGAUUUACUAAGCAAUUGAGUUUAACUAGUUUAGGUCAGAGAUUAGAUUCAACUUGUAGCUGUACUGACUUUUUCGUUUUGAUUAAUAAAUCAUUGCAAGCGAAGAUAAUAAUGUAAGGAAUUUGAUCACCAAAAAAAGUCUUUAAUAGGUUAAAGCUUGUAAUGUUAAAUAAGCUUGGACUUGUAGGAUUGACUGUUAAUCAAUACCAUCUUCAUGAAAAAUGUUUGGUGAAUUAUCUUGGUUAAGGGAAGGGUUCUGCUGGAAGUUGUGCACCAAACUGCUGCCAUUUACCCAUGUAACUGUCAGCAAAGUCUGGCCUCCCCCACAAAUCUAGAAGUCUCAAACUUACUGCUCGAGUUCUGCUGGCUAUUUCCACACAGAGUUCCUGUACUCCACAAGGAGUCUUGGAAUUCUGCUUUCAGAUCUGCAAUUCAAAAUUUCAAAGGCAAUUUUACAGCUGCAAAGAAGAAAGGUAAGAAUAAGGCAAGUUACACUUUGAUACAAACACUACUUAAAUGUAUUUUAGGUGAUUUAUUUUUAAGAUGUUUAAAUAAUUCUUAAUUAUCUCAUUUUAAAGAGUUUUUCAUAACGAAUGAACGUCUGUGACAUUUGAAUGCACUGAAUAAACCUUGACAGCUUUAAGACAAGACAAAGCUGAGGCGAUUAGCGUUUUUCAGGGGGCGUUGCUGUAGUGCAACAGUCUGUACUGCUGCCACACUGCUCGGCAUCCUGGGUUCAAUCCCCACCUCAGAUGCUGGUGUGUGGAGUUUGUAAGUUCUCCCUGUGAUUAUGUAGAUUUCUCUGGGGGCUCAUGUUUCCUCUCAAUUCCCAUGCUAGUAGGCUGAUUGUCUACUGUAAACUCCAGUGUAGGUGAGUGGCAGGAAAGUCAUAGUGAAAUGGUGAAGAGCCUAUAAGAUAGAAUAGUUUGCAGUGAAGUGAGGAAAUGGGACUGAUAAGACUUCUCUGAGAGCCAACACAGGCAGGGUGGACCAAAUAGCCACCUUCUGUGUCAUAAGGAGAUAUGACAAAUAUGAAUUUUAUGGAUGGCGAUAUUCUAGCACUACUUGGGGCUCGAGAGCAAUCUCACCAACAUAGGACCAGGCAGGUGUACAAUAUGAACAUAUUUCAGCAAGUUCCAUUAGCCUAUCCCACUCAGCAAAACAUGGGCCCAGGUCUUAAAAUGGAUGAAUGGUACACAUGAUAUAAAAAUGGACAAAUAAUUUUUUUCAUUGUUAAUGCUACUUUAGCUAUAAUAUUUUACAUAGUUGUGCAUGGGAAUAUUUUAUGCAUCAAAAUUUUUUAAUGUUAUGUAGAAUUAGCCUUAGAUAUGAUUUUAAGCAAGCUCCACUAUUCAAAUAUUUAGUACACGUGUGACAGUUAAGGGUUAGGGGGCUGGAAGUUGAAACAGAAAUUGUAUAUUGCCUUCCCUUUCUGUAACUUGGUGAGACUGUGUCUCAGUUACUUUGUAUGUCAUUUUACAGACUGUAGUCCAUAUUGUGAUAGGAAAGGCAGUGAAGAUGCUCAUUGAACAAUAAAUCUUAAGGCAUGUUAUGUGAUGUUUCUUCAUGUGUGAUUACAAAUUGUCCUUAAAAUUUGUGUCAAACAUCUUUUCCUUAUAGAAUAGUUACUUUGUUGAACAUUGUAGAAAAAUCUCAAGCAAACUGAGCAGUGUCCUAUAACUCAAAAAUAGUAAAUACCCAGUUUUGAAUUCUGAGGUACUGUAUGUGUGAAAUUGAUCAAUACAUUGCUUCUGUCAAAAAGGAACUUUAAUGUUGUAAUCAAUCAUCUUGAUAUUUUUUAGCAGGCUGAUUAUAAGGGAACUAAAGAACUCUUUACCAAGCAUUAAUGUGCCAGUUCCAGAAGCACCAAAUAAUAACAUUUAAACACACACUCACUGCCUCAGCAAAGUACUUAUAAAUACUUUUCACUUCUUAAAAUGGAGGAACCUGAUAAAUGUUAACUAAGUACUUACUUGCAGUUUGCUUUUAUUCUGAUGCUGCUUUUCUAAUUAUUUGCAUUUUAAAUCUCCACUUUAAAGUUUGAAUAUUUCUCUGUGAUGUUGUUGCUAAGUAUUUAUUCUGGUUAUAAGGCUGAAGUUGUCUAUGGAGAUUGGUUGUUUGAUAGUUAUACAGUUUAGGUUGUAUCUAGUAGUAUAUCAUUUUACUAGUGGGAACCUCCAUGGAUGUUUUAAUCCAAUCUGUCUAGGCUAUGUUAGACAAGAAAAAUUAUCACCUCAAUCCAAGUUAUUCUUUUCCAUUUCAUGCCACUAAUUUUGGUGAAAGUCUUUGCUUUGUGUUGCAGCCGUGUUGUUCCAAGUUUCUAUAUAAAGCAGUUUUAUCAGAACAGUAUAUAAUUAAAAAGUAAUGGUAUUAAUCAGAACAAUCUGGUGAUAAUGUGGUCUAAUCCUAAAUUUAGUGACUUAGUUUGAUACUGGGCUAGCAGUGCUUUGCAAAAGAACAACAUUCCAACUUGAAGGGGAAGGGAAAGCCUAUUGGUUCCUCUACAAGCACACUUUAUGCUAACCCAACAUGUAGCAUCACUGAAGUUUGUUGUGAUAAUGGCCAUAACGUAGGCCACAUCACCAAUCUUACCAAAGAAUUGGCAUCAGUUGAGAAUAUCAAGGAAAAAAAAAUACAGUUAAUAAUCUUGCUGACGAUCAAAGUAAAUCUGCAGCAGCAACACAACCAGCCACAGUUAUUUUCUCAGUGUCUUAUAGCCAUAAAGACAACCAUGUUCUUUAUUUUCAAGCCUAAACUCUGGCUGUUUUUAAAAUUCUAUUUCAGUACUUAUAUCAAAACCUGUUUUUUUAGUAUUUGUCUUGCAUGUCCUAGAUAUUGGGCAGACCUCAUUAUUCUGUAUUCAGUACAAAAGGAAAGUGUGUGCCUUAACUGGUACACCAUGUAACUAGUAAAUUAACAGGUUUUUGUUGUUUUAUUGAUUGUCUCAAAUAAAUCAUACUAUGUCAUUA